AUGAACACUUCGGGUUCGGAUCAGGAAGUUCGCGCCAAAAAUAAAACUUUAUAUCGAGAGAAGGAUAGUUUAAUUGAUUACUUUCAGAAUUAUUAUGCUGAGAAAAAUGAACUAUGUCCUUUAGUACCACCAAAUCUCGGUCCGGUGCCGGGUGAUAAAUCAAUUGUCGGAUUGUAUGGAAUCGAGAAUAUGUAUAUAGAUAUCGUUGUAGGCGGGAUCCACACGCCCUCCGCGUGUAUUGCCAGACAAAACGCUGCUAUAAUUGUUCCACUGCACGAGACUAAUGGACGCAUGCGAAAAUACUUGGCUAGUUUCCUUUACUACAUGCACCCGUUUUUAAUGAAGCAACAACUUGCUUACCAGAUCUUUGUUGUAUGCAAAUUAAAUGCUACAACUCCAUAUAGAAGAGGCGAACUGUUUAAUAUCGGGUUUGAAGUGGCUCAAACGAAGCUGCCAGAGGGCUGGAUGUGUUUCAUAUUCCAUGAUCCACAUAUUGUUCCUGAAGAUACAAGAAAUUUGUACCGCUGCAGCACUUCUCGGCCUAAACGGCUCAUGGCUGAUAGUUCUGAUAUUUGGUUUGGUGGAGUUAUAGCCGUGAGACCGGAUGUUUUUGUUAAAAUCAAUGGAUUUUCUAAUCUUGCAUGGAAUAAUGACGACGAUUACAUUGAUAUGUACAAAAGAUUCGUUCUAUCAAAUGUGUCUUUGGAAACAAACACGUCCCCUGUCGGCAAAUAUUCUUCUUUAGCCUUUUUAAGGCAAGUAAAUAACCAUAGGCGAGUAUGA